AUGGGGAUCCCCGGCUUCAACUCCUGGUUCACGUCGACGUACGCCGGCGCCUUUGUCAACCUCAAGGGCCUGAAGAUAGACCACCUGUACAUUGACAUGAACAGCGUGCUGCACCUCGUCUUGAGGAAAGCUUACAAUAUGGGUCAUUUUCAUGUUUCAUUGUACGCUCGUCUGGACAGCAUUGUCAGUGCCAUGAAUCCACAGAAGAGCAUCCUAUUUGCCCUUGAUGGCCCUGCACCACUUGCCAAACUUAUGACCCAAAGAUUAAGAAGAAAGAAAGUGGUGCUAACUGAAGCGAUGAGGAAGGGCAAGGUUGUGUCAGCUCUUGCCCUCACCCCUGGCACACCCUUCAUGGCAGAAGUGAGCGACUCCUUGGCCUACUACAUCUGUCAGAGGCUGAUGACCAAGAAAUUUUCGCAUCUUCACUAUGAGCUGUCGGGCGCCACUGUCCAGGGUGAAGGUGAAAUGAAGAUAUUAUCUCGUUUACACAGACCCUUGGAGCACGUAGGGCAAGAUGAUGCACAUGCUGUUGUUGGCAAUGACUCAGACCUCAUCCUCAUGGCUCUUCUGACGGACACACCCCACCUACACGUCUGUGGGCAGAUCCUCGAAGUAGAUCCCCCGCCACUUGAUAAGAUGAAAAUCCUGUCAGUGGACGCGCUGCACAAGUUGUGGCAGCGCAUCGGCCCUCCUCCUGUGGAAGAUGCAAAGGAGAAACUACGGCGGCUUCGAGGGCUGAAACAGGACCUGGCGUUGACGUGCAUCUUGGGAAGAGGCAAUGACUACCUCCCUGCGGUGCCAGGGGUGGCAAUGAAGCGUUUUGAUUCUUUUGGAGAUCAUGACGGCCUGUGGGCGACAUACUUGAGAAUGAGGAAGUUGCCAACGUACCAGAAACGGGCUUUGGCCAAUCGGGGCGCAGAUGGCUUCACCGUGCUGGAUGCGGAAUUUGUGGCGGACCUUCUGGACAAAGCAUCAAUUCCACAAAGAGCACAACCUGUGACCGUCAACAUCAAAGCAGCAGAUCCAGAGCAGUACUUGCAGGGCCUGUCUUGGAUACUGGACAUGUACCAGGGAGGUGUUUGUCCCGACUAUCGCUUCUGCUACGAUGGACUUGGUCCGACCUCGGAUGAGCUUUGCCAGGUCCUCAGAAAGUUCAAACUUGCCCCGCCUGCUCACAAGAAGAGGCUACAAGAAAAGGCAAUGGCUUCUGCUGUACCAAAAGGACAGCAAGGCCGUGCACUGAAAGGACAAGCACAGCAAGGACAACGGAAAAAUGACUCAUCCAGCUCAGCCAUGAAGCCCGUAGUUUGCGCAAUGGCGUUGCUGCCAAAGCAAGGGCAGAGCGUAGCGCCCAUGGCCCUCAGGCACCUCAUGAAUACGGACUCAUCUAUAUACGACAUGUACACUGACUGCAAGGAGUGCGAUCGCCUGUCAUCAGAGGUGGCUGCACAUCAAGUGGCGCUGGCCCAAAUGUCACGCCACAGGCUGCUGUUGCAAGAGAAGCUCUUGUGGCUGUCAAAAUCGAACGAGACGGACCCAGUACUUCAAAAGGAAACAGCACUGAUGUCCACUAAGAUCGAAGCUCUCAAGAAGCGGAUAACUUUGAAUGCGGCCCACCGCCAGCAGCAUCUCGAGAAUGCCCACCCAUAUGCGCCCUUUGCGAUCCACAGAAUAGAGAAAGCAGUGGGGGACGUCCCUUUGUCUGACUAUCCAGCGAAGGAGCGGCAUCUCGCCAAGUUUGGCAGUGAUUUCAUUUAUCGCCGUUUAGAUGGAGCUUCAAAAUCAGGCCAGUCCCAUUCCCGGAAGGCUUCGGGGCGUGGCAAGCAGAAUUUGGAGAAGGCAAAAGACCAGAGACUGACUCCCCCCCAGCCGCCAGGGCCGAGAUUUAAGGCUUUGCAAGGUCCUCUUCCGAUAUUGAGGUCUUUGCGUCCACCGGACCAGGCCCACAAAGUGUUUGCAGGACUUGCACGCUUUGCCACCUUCUUGAAGGGAAAGUUAUGA